UGUUUCAUACCACGGAGCUGCGGUACUGAGCGCAGUGUGGAAUAAAGAGCGGAAGAAAAUGUCCGGGGUGGCAUCCACACUGGCCAAAAAGCGGGCAUUGGCUGCUGGCUUCGGUACCAAUGCGAAUGCUGUUAAAUACCUGAACCAGGAUUUCGAGGCGCUAAGGAGCCAGUGUCUGAGUCGAGGGGGACUUUUUUCGGAUCCCACUUUUCCAGCCGCUACGGAAUCUCUGGGCUUUAACGAGCUUGGACCGCGCUCGUCGAAAACCAGAGGUGUGGUAUGGAAAAGACCAGGAGAACUGGUCUCCAGUCCACGGUUCAUCGUUGGAGGAGCCACCAGGACUGAUAUUUGCCAAGGAGCCCUAGGUGACUGCUGGCUCCUGGCUGCCAUUGCCUCUUUGACUCUCAAUGAAGAUGUGAUGGCCAGAGUUGUCCCCAGUGGACAGGGCUUUGGGGAUGACUACGCUGGCAUCUUUCACUUCCAGUUCUGGCAGUUUGGAGAGUGGGUGGACGUGGUGAUUGACGACAGGCUGCCCACCAGAGACGGAGAGCUGCUGUUUGUUCACUCAGCUGAGGGGACAGAGUUCUGGAGCGCCCUGCUGGAGAAGGCCUACGCCAAGGUGAACGGCUGCUACGAAGCCCUGUCAGGGGGCUCCACCACUGAGGGGUUCGAGGACUUCACCGGGGGGAUAGCGGAGAACUACGAGCUGCGGAAAGCCCCUUCCAACCUGUUCCAGAUCAUCAGGAAAGCCCUGGAGGCGGGGGCACUGCUGGGCUGCUCCAUCGAUAUUACCAGUGCUGCUGAUUCAGAGGCCAUUACCUAUCAGAAGCUGGUGAAGGGGCACGCCUACUCUCUGACAGGCGCUGUGGAGGUGGGCUACCGGGGACGCAAGGAGAAGCUGGUGAGAGUGCGGAACCCGUGGGGUCAAGUGGAGUGGACAGGGGCCUGGAGUGACAACUCCUCUGAAUGGAACUACGUUGAUGCCUCGGAGCGUGGGAAUGUCAAAGCGGACGACGGAGAGUUCUGGAUGUCAUUCACUGACUUCACGAGGCAUUACUCUCGUCUGGAGAUCUGCACUCUGACCCCGGACACACUGUCCAGUGACACCUACAAGCACUGGAGUGUGAGCAAAUAUGACGGCAGCUGGAGGAAGGGCUCUACUGCAGGCGGCUGCAGGAACCACCCCUAUACCUUCUGGAUGAAUCCGCAGUUCAAGAUCAAGCUGGAGGAGGAGGAUGACGACCCAGACGACAACGAGGUGGGCUGCAGCUUUGUGGUGGGCCUGAUCCAGAAGAACCGGCGCCGGCUGAGAAAGGUGGGAGAGGACAUGCACACCAUCGGCUUCGCCAUCUACGAGGUGCCACCUCAGUUUCGUGGCCAAAGCGAGGUCCACCUGGACAAGAACUACUUCCUGACCCAUGCGCAGAAGGCCCGCUCUGAGACAUUCAUCAACCUGCGUGAGGUCAGCACGCGCUUCAAGCUGCCCCCCGGGGAGUACCUCAUUGUUCCCUCCACCUUCGAGCCACACAAGGAUGGAGACUUCUGCAUACGCGUGUUCUCUGAGAAGCAGAGCGAAACACAGCCCUGUGACGAUCCUGUUGAAGCACAAUUAGAAGAUGACACAGUGUCAGAGGAUGAGGUUGAUGCAGGAUUUAGGGGGCUGUUCAUGAAGCUCGCUGGAAAUGACAUGGAAAUAUCUGCAACAGAGCUGAGAACUAUUUUCAAUAAAAUUGUCUCCAAACGUACGGACAUAAAAACAGAUGGGUUUAGUCUUGACACCUGCAGAAUCAUGGUCAAUCUAAUGGAUGAAAGUGGAAAUGGCAAACUAGGAAUAGGGGAAUUUGCAACCUUGUGGAAGAAAGUCCAGAAAUACUUGGCGAUCUACAAGAAGAAUGACUUGGAUGGGUCAGGCAACAUGAGUACUCCAGAGAUGCGCAUGGCCCUGAAAGAAGCAGGUUUCACUCUGAAUAACAGUAUUCAUCAGAUCCUGGUGGCUCGCUACGGUGAAUCCGACAUGACCAUUGAUUUUGAUAACUUCGUGGCCUGCUUGACACGUCUGGAGAUGAUGUUCAAAGUCUUCAAGAAGAUAGACACUGAGAACAGUGGUUCCAUAGAACUGGACUUUUUUCAGUGGCUGUCAUUUGCUAUGAUCUAGAAGACUUCUGCAGUGAAGCUACAGGCCAGGCCAAAAUACAAUUUUAAUAACAUUUUAUAAUGAAAAUACUCUAUUUUAAAACUGUUGUUAGUGCACUAAAUGGUUAAUACCUUUAUCCUGUAAAUGCUGCAUAGUGUUGGAUGUUGGACAAAGAGAUUACUUGUAUGGAUCUUUUGUACAU